AGUUUGAAUUAGCAACCAAGAAUUCAUGUCAGUGUGCGCCAGUACUUGUCCGGGAAAAAAACGUUGGCACUUGAUAUGAUGCAUUUAUCAGUGACAGUUUGCUUAAAGAAAUAUUUUGUGUCGGUGUUUCUAAGGUGACAAGGUUAAAGUACAUGUACAGCCGACCCAUUUCAUAAUGACCUGAUUGCAAGAAAUUAUCAUGAACUCGAUGAAGUAAACAAACAAAACUGCCACGAUGUUUGAGGAUAUACCAUCACACGUCUUAAAAGAUAUAGUAGAUAAGUCACAAUUAAAAGAGGGAACACAUUUUAAAGCACUAAAACUAUCUUCUGGAGGAAAAUUCAGGCGCCAGGAAUUAAUCAAACUUCAGCCACGGAGUGAUGAUGGCAAAAUCAGUGCUACAAUAGAAAUCCAGAGAGUUUGGAGAGGUUAUAGAUCAAGAUGUAAGUUGUUUGAUAUCUGCGGACCACGUGUCAGUAAUGUGGCUGUGUAUGGAGGAAGCCAACACCACGUGGCCAGACUGUAUGACUUCUCACGUCCCAAAAAGUCAAAAGCCCGGCUUCGAUUGGAGCAGUAUUACAAAAAUUAUGUUAUCAACAUGAGAAAAGCCAAGGCACCAAACUCAGAAAUUGCUUUAUUUGAUGAGUUCUGUGUCAAUUUUAUACAAAACUGGUGGAAGAGAAUGAGGAUGAAAGCUGACAGUGAAAAGCAAAUUCAAGAAGGGGAUAAAUCAGCUCCUCCCUCUACGCCAAAGUGUAAAAUUGUCCUUACCCCUGCUGAGGCUGCCAGUAUUAUACAGAGGACCUGGAGAAGACAUAUUGAUAUACAGGUGUACAGGUACUAUCGUGAUCUUAUUAACUUCAAAACACGAGGAGAGCCCAGUCUAAUGCUGCGCUGCAUCAACCCUAAUGAGGCCAAAUUACUGGACCCUGGGUUAGGUGUUCAUGUCCGCUUUCGUUUGGCUGGUACUAAAUUCCCACCUAAUAUCUACUACAAGAUCUUCACCCAUCGGCCCAUAAUAGACAUGUGUGCCAACAGCCCAAAGGACUAUACCAAACCUGCAGCUAAAAAGAUCAAUAUAAAAGACAUAAACAACAAAACUAACACGAUUAAGAUAGACAAAGAAGGUUGGUAUGAGAGAGUGGAGAACAAUGGGUGGAGACAGGUGUCAGAUCGACUGAUACAGCAUAUCAUGAAUGAUCCUCUGACCUGGGAGUCCUCCAGGAAGAAGAUUAAUUUCCAUCAUAACAAGCUUCAGAGAAGACAAGAUUUGGAAAAGAAAAAGAAGGCUAAGAAAAUACAAUGGAUGAAAAAUAUGUACAAAGACGGAUUAUUGAAGGCGAAAUCUGAGGACAAGGAGACAAUCCGGUUGAUAGAGGGUGCUGCAGCAGGGAUGGUGGCCACUGUAGAUCGGGAAGGAUUUGACGCUCUGGAGGAAUGGGAAGUGGACGAACUCCUGGACUGGACAACCAGUCUCAACUUUGAGGAAUAUAUGACAUCGUGGAAGGAGAUUGCGACAAGUGCAAAUUCUGAAAAACCUGUUGAAGAUCGCCUGAAGGUGUCCUCAAACAACGCUGAUCCCUUUGAGCUGACGUUAUCUGUGGAACCUUCGGCCCAUUUCUCCCCUAGACAGUCUGCGCGAGAAAACACGCCCGCCUCUUUGAGUGAACACAUAUUACAGAUGCAAACAUGAAUCAUAAUGUUUUAUGUUCCUUCUGGUUUGAAUCUCUCAUUUUUCUCUGUUAUUCAUCCUGUGGUAAUGGCUGGGAUAGAGGAGAAGAGUGAAUCAAGAAGGUCCUGACCAGACUCUAUUGACUGACUACACAGUUAUCGCCCAUGAUUGUGACUUGUGCAUUAUCUCCCUUGACUUGACUUGACUUGACUUCCAUACCUACAAACCCGCAUACUCCUCGCAGGGCAUGCGUUAUGCCAACUUUACACCACUGCUACGAUUGGCAAAUUUUGUACAGAAAGCAUAGGUAACAGCAAAGUCAUUGGAGAUGAGACAGGAAGCUAUGUCAGAAGAAAUAUUAUCCCUGUCUCAACCUUUAUACAUUUGCAUUUCCAUUUAUCCAAAGUGAAACAUUUUCUUGGAUGAAUGUUGAACACAGAUCAGUGGGAACACGUAAAAACCAUUAGUGGUCAGGUUGAGCUGAAACAAGCCGGUUGCAUGGCGCUGGCAGUGAUGUAAAGCAAACAGGCCAUGCACUAUACAGGAGUAUGACAGGCCCAUCCAGUAAUGUUAAACAACAGGGUUUGUUAUCGGCCUAUGUUAUUCAUCCGACAUUGAUGCUUGCAAGUAUUGUAUUUUGAAAUAAAGUAUAAGUGUGUUGCCAUGCAGUAAUUUAUAUUAUUUUGUUGUCUUAUAUAAGGAUAUGAAGUUUUUGAACUGUUAACAUAAAUUAAGUUGUGUACAUAGAGCCUACAAUCAU